UAAUUGGCAGGAAGGACCUAGACAGAAGGGGCGAGUUGGACGGAACAGCCCACUUUGCCGCUGAUAAAUAACGGUGACGCACUUCAGUUCCACCCACUGAUCAAAAACCCUAACCUUAACCCUAGUUCACUUCAUCUCUUCUGCAUAUUCUUAUGUACUCUGAAAAUCUGAUGGUGUCCGCUGAAAACCCUAGACCCUUCGCGUUUCAGCAACAUCUGUCUUCUUCUUCGUCUACUACUACUUCGGCCAACGCGAAACCCAUGAGCAAUGAGAUCGCACAGAUGCCUCCCCCUUCCACUCUCGGUUGCAGGUUCGAGGCUAUGCUCAAGCUGCGCGACGACGAGCUCAGGGCCACUGCCGGUCACGUGCCCCCUCCGUCUACGGAAGAAAUCGUUCAGCUGUACGAGAUGCUGCUGUCGGAGCUCACGUCCAAUCAGAAGCUCAUUAUCAACGAUCUCACCUUCAUCGCUGUGCACCAGAGGGAGCAUGCCAGGGGCAUCGCCGACGCUAUCUGCGCUCGGAUUCUCAAGGUGCCUGCAGAGCAAAAGCUUCCUUCACUCUAUCUCUUGGACAGUAUAGUGAAGAACUUUGGACAGGAAUAUGUUACAUACUUUGCAUUACGCCUGCCCGAAGUUUUCUGUGAGGCAUACAGGCAGGUUCAGCCUCAUUUGCACCCUGCUAUGCGCCAUCUCUUUGGCACCUGGUCAGAAGUCUUUCCACCGUCUGCCCUACGCAAGAUUGAAGCUGAGUUGCAACUUUCUCAAGUAGUUAAUAAUAGUCAAUCGUCCAACAUGAAUCCCCUCAGAGCAUCUGAAUCUCCUAGUCCAAGUCAUGGCAUACAUGUAAAUCCAAAGUACCUGCAGCAGUUGGAGCGCUCUACUGUAGAUAGUACAAGUGGGAAAGAAUGGUGUGGCUUAUUCGUCGGGGAUGAUUGUGUGCAAGAGGAGCUGCUUGAAAAAGCUGUUCCAGGAGAUGAUGAUGGUGAAAGGAAAAUGAACUUUGCAUGGCGGGUGGACAAGAUGGAAGCAGACAUUAGAAAUCUGAAAUUCAUGACUCAAGUUCUUGGGUUUGGGUUGUUGGUAGUUGUAGUUUUUGUAGGAAUGGUGCUCUUAAAGAGUUGAGAACAUGGCAAUGUAACAGAGUACCUAAUUUAAUGAAUGAAAGUUUUUUGGGGUAACA